UUUUGGGGAGAGUAAAUCAUAAAUAAUGAAAAUUUCGAGGUUGAAGAAGGUUCAGAAGAACUUGAAUUUUUACACGAACAACUAUAAAUUUCGACAACCGUACCAGGUUUUGGUGGACGGCACGUUUUCCUUCGCCGCUUUGGAGAAUAAAUUCAACAUAAAGGACCAGCUUCCUAAGUAUUUCCAAGCAGAGGUGAAGUUGUUAACUACGCAAUGUGUCAUCCUAGAAACGGAGAAGUUAGGGUCGAAGGUCUUUGGAGCAAUGCUGAUAAUAAAGCAAUUUCCGGUGCAUAAAUGUGGCCAUGAAAAGAACCCGACAUCAGGUUCCAAGUGCUUAUUGUCGAUGUUAAAGGUGGACAAUCCUUCAAGAUACCUAAUUGCCACGCAAGACCGUGAGCUUCAAGAUCGCGUGAGACAGAUAUCGGGCGUUCCACUUAUUUAUCUGCAUGGGAAAGCACCCACUUUGGAACCUCCAUCUCGAGUGACUAAAGAACACGCGGAGAAAGUUAGACAAGGCGUCGGGAUGAAUUCUUUCCAAGAUGAAAUUAUCAAGAGUCUAAAAGUUCAGUCCGGAUUAACAAAGGCCGACCCGCAACCUAAGAAAAAGAAGAAGAUCAAAGGCCCUAAUCCCCUGAGUUGCAAGAAAAAACAGAAAAAGACACUUGUCAGUCUAAGCACUAUCAAAGAAAGUGGAAAAAUCAGGAAACGAAAGAAGGUCAAAAUUCCAGCACACGUGAAGGAGGUUCUGAAAUCCGAACUGCCGAAAGCAGUUAAGACCAGCUAGAGAUGUAAAUACACGGACAUCCAUUUGUAAAUAUUGCAGAUAUUACUAAAUGACUUAUCUUAACAAGA